AUGUCCACUGAGAUUCAUGAGGUUCACGAGCUCGUGGACAGAUCUCGUCGUACCUCGCUCCAGGAUGUGACGCCUCCACUACAGAAUGUCUCUUCGACGCCUCACUCUGAGCUCUCAUCCUUCCACAAGGUCUUCAUCGUCGCUCAGCUCUCCGGCAUCAUCUUUCUCUUCUCCGCAGGGAAUGGGCUGACCAUCGUGGGCUUGCCCAUCAUGACGAGUCAGCUGAAAAUCCCCUCUGCGCUAGCAUUCUGGCCCACGAGCGUGACGAGUCUCGCAUCGGCUUCUACCAUUCUUCUCUCUGGAUCUAUGGCGGAUGUCCUUGGCCCGACCCUGGUGGACCGAGCCGGUUGCGUCCUCAUGGCCAUUUUCGUGCUUGCCGCGGGCGGGGUGGAGAACGGGACCCAGCUGGUGACUGUGAGAGCCAUCUCUGGUAUAGGUGCAGCGAUGCACUCGGCAGCCUCUGUGGGCAUCAUCUCGUCGGUCCUUCCUCGAGGUCGAAGUCGAAACAUUGCCUACUCGUGUUUCGGCCUCAGCGCACCGUUAGGCUUCUCAUUUGGCUUGGUCGUAGGCGGCAUCAUGAUUGAUACAACGGGAUGGCGAGCGGGUUGGUAUCUCUUUGGAUCCAUCAUGUUGGUGUUCUGCGCAGUUGGAUUCUGGGCCCUACCCAGGCCAGUACAGAGGGACCCGUGGCGGGUGACUUUCAAACGUCUUCAACAGCAUGUCGACUGGGUCGGCGCUCUCCUCGCAUCGGCAUUCAUGAGCAUGCUCUCGUAUCUCCUGGCAACCCUCAGUACCGAUGUGACGCAGAUCAAAAGACCCGAAAGCAUUGCUUUGCUGUGUCUUGCCGUCGUAUCACUCCCGCUCUUCCUCACAUGGGUGCAUCAUCAGGUCCAACGAGGCAGACCAGCUUUGAUCCCCAAUUCGUUCUGGAAGAACCUUACGUUCACUACGAUAUGCGGGACGAUAGUACUCUCCUUUGCUGUGCUCAACUCGUUGGAACUGUUUGCGAGCUUAUUCUUUCAAGAAAUCCAGCACCUCAGCCCGCUUCAGACUUCACUGCGUAUCCUCCCAAGCAUGAUCGUCGGCGCCAUGCUCAACCUCACCAUUGGCUUCAUGGUUGAUCGCAUCCCACCCAUCUGGAUCGUCACAUUGUCAUCGGUGCUCUGUGCCAUUGCCCCGCUGCUUAUGGCGGUGAUACACCCGCAACGGACUUACUGGGGCAAUGCAUUCAUCGCUCAGCUCUUGCAACCUGUCAGCUGUGACGCUUUGUUCACCGUCGGACUGGUCGUCAUCUCGGAAAUCUUCCCCGAAGACAAGCAAGCGCUGGGCGGGGCGGUAUUCAAUAUGGUCGCCCAGUUUGGGAAUGCCCUCGGUCUGAGCAUCAUGCAGAUCGUCUCAAUGCUCGUCAAAGCGGAACGGGAACGGGAAGGAGAUCCGGCGGCUCUCAUGUCAAGUUAUAGGGCCAGCUUUUGGACCAUGUUUGGGAUGAUGCUGGCCUGUGCAUUGUGGGGAGGUUUGGGACUGAGACGCACCGGAAAGAUUGGACUCCAUAGGGAUUAG